AUGUCGCCUCACUGCAACAUGGAUGACUCUUCCUCCGUCUCGUCCAGUGGUUACACCUCUGAGCCUGUGGCCAAUGGCGUGAGCAAUAGUUCUGCCGCUGCUACCACCACCAGCCAAUACAAGAACUUCUCCAAGAGCCGCCAUUUGAGGCACACGCCUUCGGAUGAGGUCCACGAUCUCGUUUGCGUUGGCUUCGGCCCCGCCAGUAUUUCCGUCGCCAUUGCUACGCACGACGCUAUCGAGGCCGGCCAGCUUUCCGAGUCGCCCAAGGUCCUCUUCCUCGAGAAGCAGGCCGAUUUCGCCUGGCACGCCGGCAUGCUCCUUCCUGGAGCCAAGAUGCAGAUUUCCUUCCUCAAGGACCUUGCCUCUCUCCGCGAUCCCCGCUCCCACUUCACUUUCCUCAACUACCUGCACCAGAAUGAUCGCCUCAUCGACUUCAUCAACCUCAGCACCUUUACCCCUGCGAGAGUCGAGUUCGAGGAUUACCUUCGGUGGUGCGCACGCCAUUUCGAUGACGUUGUGAGGUAUCAGACCGAGGUUGUGGCAGUCGAGCCCGUUCAGUCUUCCGGGGCUAACAAGCUCUUCACGGUUACUUCCCGCGACAUAACUACUGGCGAGAUCACCACCUUCCAGGCUCGCAACGUUUUGCUUGCUCUCGGCGGCCAGGCCUCGAUCCCCAAGCCUCUUCCCCAGAAGCACCCCCGCGUCAUCCACUCGAGCCAGUACGCCAGCGUGAUUCCCAAGCUUCUUCGCGACCAGUCCGCUCCCGUGCGCGUGGCUGUUCUCGGUGCUGGCCAGUCGGCAGCGGAAAUCUUCAACAACGUUCAGAACCUCUACCCCAACUCCAAGACUUAUAUGAUUAUGCGCUCCGAGUUCAUGAAGCCUUCUGAUGAUUCACCCUUUGUCAACUCCAUCUUCAACCCCGAGUUCAUCGACACCAUCCACGCCCGCCCCUCGGCCUACCGCACCCACUUUCUUGCCGACGCCAAGGCGACCAACUACGGCGUUGUCCGUCUCGAGCUCAUUGAGCACCUUUACGAGGUCAUGUACCACCAGCGCCGCGUGCUCGGUACCGACGAGACGAAAUGGCCCCACCGUAUCAUGGCCGCGCGCAAGGUGGUCUCGGUCUCGGAGAAGGGUGAUACGCUCAAGAUCAAGGUCGGCCGCUACUUCUAUGGCGAGGAGGAGGAGACUGAUGUCACCGAUGGACCCAUUGUGGACGAGGAGACGCUCGAUGUGGACGUGAUUAUUUGCGCUACUGGCUACAAGCGCAUGGCGCAUGUGGAUAUGCUCAAGCCCACGUGGCCGCUGUUGCCCGAGGCCGAUCAGGCGCUGGUCGCCGAGGCUGCCAAAGGAUCAUCCAAGGAUAGGUGGUUUGUCGAGGGUGGCGAGGAGAAGAGCAUGAGGGUGAUUGAGGCCAACCGUGAUUAUUCGGUCAAAUUUGGGGAGGGCAAGGUCGCCCAGGGCAGUGGCAUCUGGCUGCAAGGGUGCUGUGAGGGAACUCAUGGUUUGUCUGAUACUCUUCUUUCUGUUCUGUCUACACGGUCUGGCGAGAUCGUCAAAUCAAUUUUCGGUGCUUAA